UCGUGCCAAUGAAUUAAAAGAAAGAACAGGUUCUGAUGAGGUGGUAACUACUAAUCCAACAUCCAAUAGUCGACUAUUAUCAAUACCCGAUGAACGUACUUUAUCGAGACUUGUUGCUGCUCGAUUAGAUUUACCAAUAUCACGACGUUUAUUAGGUCAAAACUUUAAAUUAUCAAUUAUUAAACGAUGUUGGAAAGAUCAAUUACGGAUUAAAGGCGAUGAUUUUGCAUCUGAUUGUGAUUUAUACAUCGCUUGUUUGAUUCAUCAAAAACAAAUUGAACACAUGGAUGGUAAAAAUGACAACAUUGUCACACCAAGCAUAAAAAUGAAACAAAUCAGAGAACAAAACAGCGAGUUUAAUACAGCUCGAUCAUUAUCAAAUUCUACUGAUGCUGAAAUGACUACAUCAUUUCAAUUAUUAACAAAUAAAUUUACAUCUUCUCAAUCUUUUCUUGAUUCAUCAUCGAAAUCAACAACCAGUAGUAAUGAACGUGAAACGACAACAACUCAACAAACAGCUACUGCCAAUCCUCAAAAUCAAUCAGUUACUUCAGCACGAUUCGAUUUCUGUACUGAGUGUCUGACAGAGGAAAAACGAUUAGCUUGUAUUCCAUGUGGUCACCUAGUCACAUGUGGCUCGUGUGGGCGAUCAUUGGAAUUGUGUCCAAUAUGUCAACGAAAAAUUGAAGCAUUCAUUAGAAUUCUUAUUUAG